UGCACCGGGCGGCGAGGCUGUAAAUGACACCAGGGCUAUUAAUUAAUUAAUGGCGUGUAGCUGAGUGGCUGGCUUUCUGGCUCUGCGGCGGAGAGCGUAGUAUUCUCUGUUUUCGGAAGCAUUAGGACAGCAAGAGACCAGAGCAGCGUUCAUGUAGGGGAGGUGGUGGCCGUUUCGAGCUGAACGUCUAUCAAUCACCUGGACUAUUGUGGUCCUGCGCAGUUUUCCGGGCAGAAAGCAGCAGCAGCAGGGGGAGGGAUGAGACGCGGGAGAAGAAGAGGGAAAAUGGCGAUGGAGGGGCCUAGGCAUCAACCGCCAACCCUCGUGCCAUUGCUGAUGAGCGUGACUGCUGUGUUGAUCUCGCAUCACAUCUUUAACGCAGCUGCACAGAUACCAGACCCCGAGCUUCUGCCAACAGACCCUCCAAAAAAGCCAGAUCCAGUCACUUCAGAAACAGUGGUGUUUUGGGGUCUUAGAUUAUGGCAGGUUGUAGGCAUUUUCUCCAUGUUCGUCCUAGCAAUCAUAAUAACACUGUGCUGCAUCUUCAAAUGCCGAAUUCCACGAACGAAAAAAGAGAUAGAGGCUCGACACGCUCAAAGACAAGCCGCAAAAACCUAUGCCAACACACUGGAGACGGUGCCCCCCCUCAACGAGCUCACAGAGGUGCCGGGAGCGGCAAAGACUGAGGAGAAGGAGGAGGUGCCAACCGUUGCGGGAAAGGUUGAUGCAGAAAAGGGGAAGAAGAAAGAAAAAGAAGGCAAAAAGGAAGGCAAGAGUGCAAAAGAAGGAAAAGAAGGGAAGGGAGAAGAGAAGGAUGAACCUGCAAAGAAGAAGGGGGAAAAGGGAGAAAAAGGAGAGAAAGAAGCAUCAAAGAAAGAGGCAUCGGAUGGAGGGAAAGGGAAAAAGGGAGGUGGAGAGAAAGGAGGAGAGAAAGGGGAAGAAAAAGGAGGUGGAGCCAAGGGCAAUGCCAAGAAGCCUGCAAAGAAGUGAACAUUGUCACCUUAAUGGUGUGUGCUAAACUUUCGUUAGCCAUUUUUUAUUUUUUGUAAGAAAAUUUGUAAAUGUACAUUUACAGCAUAUUUAUUUUAUUGUAAAUUGUAAAUAUUGACAAUAAAUGAUUCUCUGUU